AUGAAUGAGUCACUUUUGACCUAUCCACCACCUCCACCUCUUUUGCCCAUCCACCGUGGUCUCCUAGACUCCGGUAUUAAUGAAGAAGCAGACCAGAAUGCAUCCGCUAAACUAACAGCAUCGGCGCGAGAUAGGUCCAUGCAUGCCUCUCUUCAGGACCUUAUUGCUGAAGAAUUUGCACGGCCAUCUGCACCACCUGCUGCUUCUGCCACUUUUAUAAUUGGUGAUGGUAGUGGUAGUUGUGGAGCUUUUGAUUCUCUUUCGCCUAGCCACCCAAUUUCUCACCCUCCUCAGAUUAGUCCGCUUCCAUCACAUCUGCACUUUUGUCCUCCCCCAAACUCCCCUACCACCUACACAGUCUCCCCUCCUCCCUUUCCUCCACAGACUUCCUCUAUAGUACCCCAUAAAGAGUCUCUAAUAGCAGUUUCCACAUCAUCUGCGCAACCGACGAACUCGCACACACUGACUCCAGUGUCGUCAACUUACACCCUCUAUUCUAGUGAUAAAUCUGUUUUCCCUGUUCGAGUUUCCUCCUGUUACCCAAAUUCCUCAAGUUUUAUGCCUGGAUCACAUUUGACAACUUCUUCAUCUUUGGCUUCGACAGCUCCAGCCAACUGUCUACCACCAAGAAAGCGUCACUGGAGCGCUGUUCCUUCAGCCGACGCGCCUGCGUAUCUGGAAAGCAUGUCAAUGGGCAAGCAUCUCCCUUAG